AUGUACGUGAGCUACCUCCUAGACAAGGACGUGAGCAUGUACCCGAGCUCCGUGCGCCACUCCGGCGGCCUCAACCUGGCGCCGCAGAACUUUGUCAGCCCCCCGCAGUACCCGGACUAUGGUGGUUACCACGUGGCGGCUGCGGCUGCUGCUGCGGCGAACUUGGACAGCGCUCAGUCGCCAGGGCCAUCCUGGCCCACUGCAUACGGAACCCCUCUCCGCGAGGACUGGAAUGGCUACGCGCCUGGGGGCGCUGCCGCGGCCAACGCUGUAGCCCACGGCCUCAACGGGGGCUCCCCGGCCGCCGCUAUGGGCUACAGCAGCCCCGCCGACUACCACGCUCACCAUCACCCGCAUCACCACCCGCACCAUCCGGCCGCAGCGCCGUCCUGCGCCUCGGGCUUGCUGCAGACGCUCAACCCCGGCCCUCCGGGGCCCACAGCCACCGCCGCCGCUGAGCAGCUGUCCCCCAGCGGCCAGCGGAGAAACCUGUGCGAGUGGAUGCGGAAACCCGCGCAGCAGUCCCUGGGAAGCCAAGUGAAAACCAGGACGAAAGACAAAUACCGAGUGGUGUACACAGACCAUCAGCGGCUGGAGCUGGAGAAGGAGUUCCACUAUAGUCGAUACAUCACCAUCAGGCGGAAAGCUGAGCUGGCUGCCACACUGGGGCUCUCAGAGAGGCAGGUUAAAAUUUGGUUUCAGAACCGCAGGGCCAAAGAAAGGAAAAUCAACAAGAAGAAAUUGCAGCAGCAGCAGCAGCAGCAGCAGCAGCAGCCGCCGCCACCGGCGCCGCCUCCACCACAGCCGGCCCAGCCUCAGCCAGGUGCCCUGAGGAGCGUGCCCGAGCCCUUGAGCCCCGUGUCUUCGCUGCAAGCCUCGGUGCCUGGUUCUGUCUCUGGGGUUCUGGGGCCAGCUGGAGGGGUGUUAAACCCCACUGUCACCCAGUGA